GUGACUCGUCUACGUGCGUGGAAGAGUGUCUUCAAGGGGGAUCCCGUCACGUCUUUCCUUUAUUUAUUUUUUUAUUUUAUUUUUUUAUAGGCGAGAAGGUUGGAUCCCGGGCAGACGCUUUUAAAUCUGGCUAGUUAAUUUAUUUCAGCCAACGCUUCUGGACUCGAGCGUACAACGAAACAGAGAUGAGUAUCGAGACGCUGUUAGAGGCGGCGAAGUUUUUGGAAUUGCAAGCCCAGCAACAACAGAAAGCACGUGUAACUAGACAUCCACCCCACACAGCACCUGGGGCCUGUACCAUGAAGCCGGUUUAGGUGGCUAGCCAGAAGAAAAUGAGCUUCAAGAAAGGCGAUGUCGCGAACAGGAGGCAGAGAAGCGAAGAGUGGAAAUUAAUUCUUAUACUCAGUCUGUACGAAUGAAUUGCAUAACCUGGGUGGAGGAGUCCGGUCAAGAGCAACGCCACAUCCCUGCACCGGCCCCACCCCCUCCCCCCACUAUGCCCAUCACGGUCAUCCCCAUCCCAGUAGUGUCCUCCACUCCCUCCGCCCUCCCCCCACCCCCCACCACAACUGUCAGUCCCUCGGCAGCACCCCGCCUAACGCCUCCCAGAAAAGAUGCCCACUCACUGCCAAACCAGCAGACUGUGCACCAGCGCCCCCUCAUCUCAUCUCAGUUGAAGGCCGAGCCAACAUCGCUGUCUCAGUCCAAUGGCACCAAACCACCCCCACCCCAGCAGUUCCAGACCUUCCCGGGCUCCAGCAUCACAACCCCUCAGCAUGCACUUCUCCCCCAGCCAGGACCCCCUACAGCCCAGCACAGCCCUGCAGCUAGAGGCAGCCCAACGGAUGACAGCCGUAAUUUGGAUGGCAAGAAAAGACCAGGAGGGGCAGGAACAAGAGAAGUGCACAACAAACUCGAAAAGAACAGACGUGCACACUUAAAGGAGUGCUUUGAAACCCUUAAGAAGAACAUCCCUAAUGUUGACGAGAAGAAGACCUCCAAUCUGAGCGUUCUGAGAAGUGCUCUGAGAUACAUUCAGACUCUGAAGAGGAAGGAGAAGGACUACGAGCACGAGAUGGAGCGCUUGGCACGGGAGAAGAUCGCUUUGCAGCAGAGACUUGCAGAGCUGAAGAACGAGCUGAGCCAACAGUUGGAUGUGGUUGAGGUUGACCGCGUUCUUCGACAGACUGUCCAACCAGAAGAUGACCAGGCCUCUACCUCCACUGCCUCAGAAGGCGAAGACAACAUUGAUGAAGAUAAUGAAGACGAGAGCAUGUCUGUUUCACCCAGUGCCUUACCCAAAGUGCCUCCUGCUCUUCAGCCAGAGUUAAAGACCCGGCCUGCCCCCUCCCUUAUAUCACAGCACAUCUCUAUCCCACACAAACCAUCCAAGACUUUACCACCCAUUCCUACAACUCUGCUAUCUCCUGUCGCUGCCCCAAUCACAGCUCCUACUUUUCCCCCAACCCCUGCAAAGCCUCCUAACGGUCCAGCAUCCACUCCAGCCACCCAGCAAUCACAGGCAGUGGUUGACCCCUACACCCUACCUCCAGCCCACACCCAUAUAGUGACUACGCCUAGCCUCCAGCCUACAGUCAUUACCCACGCCGGAUCAGCAUCUCAUGCCUCCGUCAUCCAAACCAUCAACCACGUCAUCCACCCAGGCUCCAAGCACGUGACCCACAUCGCCCCCUCCACAUCCAGUUCUGUGCAGCUGGCCCCUGGACCUCAGUCCAUCAGCCACAUCACGGUACACCCAGUGGCCCAUCUACCUGCAAUCUACCCUCAGCCUGUGACGGUCACACAGCCAGCCGUCAUGAGUCAUAUCGCACACACACUCUCCCACGGUCAGAUGAACGGUAUGUCGACCCCCAGCACACAGGCCACCGUGAUGGGCAAACAGACACCGGUGGGCACUCAUGUUGUCACCCAUCACCCUCAGCUGAUGGGUCAGACCGUCCUUAACCCGGUCACCAUGGUAACCAUGCCUUCCUUCCCAGUCAGCACGCUAAAGCUGGCCUGAAGCGCUGACAUUCUGUCCCCAAGAUAAAGUAGACACUUACAGAGUGGACACAAGGCGAUGAAUCCUCCCCUUCCCAACCACUAACUCUUUGAGACUGCAACCCCACCCCCCCCAUACACACAAAGCCACAUGCAGCAUUGCAAUCAAAUUAACUAAAUCUACAGGAC